CUUUGAGACACUGUCUUGUACCAGUUGUAGAACUAGCAUAUAUUGAUGGAUCUCCCAUGGGUGACGUCAGAACUUGGGAUCAACCACUUAUCUCUUAUCGCACGCGCUGGUUGAUAUCCUCUCAAGUACAUCCUAUUGCUUCUCAUACUGUUGUCCCUCCUUUACCUGACCAAAUGAAUUCGGCUGUUGUAUACUAAUGUACCGUCGCAUUAAUUUAACCUCUGACAGUGUCGCCCCACAGUGCGGGCACAAUAUCGAACAUAAUGGACCCCGCAUCACUACCACGCCUUUACACUCUCCCUAACGAGGUGUUCGUUCAAAUAUUCACACCAUUCUCCACUCGCGAUUUACUCCCCCUUACAACAGUCUCACGUCGGUUCCACGCCCUAAUCCUGCGAAUCCUCCACUACCGCCUCCUAGUUUCGGCCUCCCUCAAGGAGUACAAGCUCAUCCUCGAAUGCUUCCAUCCGGCGUCAAAACUCGUCGAGCCGCACGUCUUUUGCAAAUACCUUGGUACGGACGGCCUUAGCGACCAGUAUGAAGGUAAAGGGUCGCUCUACGAGGAUGUCGACGAAGCCCAACGGCUGGGCCGACUGAGCUCUCUGUACUCGCGUUUUCGCCCCGAAGCUACAGUGGAGGAGCAAAGUAUCGGGGUGAGACUACUCUCGUCAUGGGGAAUUGGCGGUGGAUCUCGGGAGGAUAACUUGCUGGUGACGCGCCCUAUCCAUUUGGAGGUUUUUGAGAACUUCUCCCAGCUGUGUAUUGUGGUGAACAUUGUGAAAGUGAUUCCGGGCAGUAGUCUUCUGCUCAGUGCCGUCACCGUGGAGGACGAGGUCGUGCGGUUGUUCCAAGACUGGCUACAAGAUGCUGUAAGACGGAGGGAACACCUGGAAAAUCACAACGAUCCGUAUUCAAGAGAAACGACAGAAGAAUCCGAUGCAGACAUUCGCAUGGAUGGUAGUCAGAUGCUCUGGGUUGAUCAAGCGCGCAAUGUUGGUCUGAAGGUUCGGGUGCGGGAAAAGAGAGAAGUCAGCGAAGCUGCUCCGAUUCUUGUUCAUCGCGACGAAGAGCCAGCAACCAGUUUUGAACUUGCUAUUGAAGAGCUCCAUGUUAGGACCACUCGGCUCCUAACGACUAUGGAAAAGUCUCUUGAAGAGCAGCAGAAUCAUUCCAAGGCAAUGAUUUUUACUCCGAGUUUAGGAUAAUCACUGCUCUAGACAUUUAUUUGAUAAUGGUUAUAGCACGUGUGAUGAUAUACACACACCUCUAGCCGACAAUUCAGAGUCCUGAAGUGAUGAUUCUGUGUGGUCUCCGCUAGAUAGUCUUACAAUCUACCGGUAACAGAUGGCUUCUGCUCAGAGUUACCCAGUUACUCAGUAGUAUGCUGGUCCCAGACAACAAAUAAGACUAUGUUGUUGAAGUAGCAGGCACACUUUAGCAUCAGAACCAGGCUAUUUUUUCGUCCCCCGAUCACCUCUGUCGAUGUCUACACUUGAGGAGGACGCUUAAAUUCGAUAAGACAAUUGCAUAUGAC